GAACAGCUCGGUGUUCAUGGUGCCACGUUUCAGAAACAUUCAGUCGUUCUUAAAUGAAUUGUUUUCUCUGAUUAAUUUUUUUCCACAGUCGUUGAUCUCCUUGGAGUAGUAACACGAAAGUUUUUUAUUUGAUUUAUCAGAAAUGCACCAAAGGCGGGUGCUUGUAUGUGGCGUUCUGAUUACAUUGGCAGUUCUUUGCGUGGCUCCGCCGGUCGUCAGGAAAGAUACAAAGAAACCAGACACUCCAGCGGAGGGGAAAGGCGAUCCAGAGUAUGCCAGAUAUUUAAAACAAGUUAUUGAAAUUUUAGAAAAUGAUGAUGACUACGUUAAAAGAUUACUGAACGCUUCUGAGGAUGAACUAAGAACUGGUCAGGUUGCAGAUGAUUUAGACCUUGUGAAGCAUGAUGUAAGGACCAAGUUAGAUGAAUUAAAACGACAGGAAGUAGAGAGACAGCGAAUGCUACGACGACAAAUGAACGAUCACUUAAACGGUCUGAAGGAAAGAGAGUCUUGGAACCCUUUGUUCGACGACGAAAAUCCCAAUUUCUUUGGCCCUGAAGACUUUAAAAAGCUCUUAUGGAAGCACCAUGAAGAGAUGGAUAAGCAAGAUAAUCAGCGCAGAGAUGAAUUUAAAAAGCAUGAAAUGGAGAAGGAACACAAAAGGAAGGAACAUUUAAAGGAGCUGGAUGAGAAGGCACGCAAAGAAGAAGAAGAAAGAUAUGAGGCAUUGAGAGAGAAACAUCUUAAUGCAUCCAAGAAUCUCCAUCAUCCAGGAAGUAAAGCUCAACUAGAGCAAGUUUGGGAGGAAACUGAUGGUCUUGAUGCAAAGGACUUUGAACCAAGAACAUUUUUCAAGCUUCAUGAUACAAAUGGUGAUAACUACCUGGACACAGGAGAGUUGGAGGCUCUUUUUGUCAAAGAAGUAGACAAACUCUUUGAUGAAAAGGAUGAAGACUAUGAUCCUCAAGAAAGAGAUGAAGAGAUUUCAAGAAUGAGGGAACAUGUCAUGAGUGAGAUUGACAAAGAUAAAGAUGGUUUUGUUUCAAUUGAUGAAUUUCUGACAGCAAGUAAAGGUGAUGAAUUUGACAAAGAUGAAGGGUGGAAAAGUGUUGAAGAGGAGCGGCCAUAUACUGAUGAGGAAUUAGCAGAGUUUGAGAAACAACUGCAAGAGGAGGAGAAAGCAAAGAUGGCUACUCAUGAUCAAGGAGCUGUAGGAGGCAACACAGCUGGUGACCUUGCAAAGCAAAUAGUAGGAGCAGUAGGAGCAGCAGUAGAAGAACACAAGGAAGGGGAACAACAACAACAACAUGAUGAGUCACAGCAACAGCAUACAUCCUAAGGAACAGUGGAGCUGUUUACAGGAAAAAAAAUACUACACCUUCAUGGCUUGAAAGAUGAACACUGUCCUCAUUUAUUUAAACUUGUUACCCAUGUUUGUUCAGUCACAUCAAGAAUACUGAGAGUUCUUGUACCAUUUGAACAUUCUUUCUAUGAGUAAUACAUGUAUUUGUUCCAAUAUUAUGUUCAGACAUUGGAUAAUUCAAUCUGACAACCUUUCACAGACUGGAAAUUUUAAUCACCGCCCACUCAAUUUAAAAUCAAGUGGAAACCUUUCAUUUCUUAGAAAGAAUCACUUAUACCAAAUUGAUAUCUGUGUUAGAACAGCAAAACUACAGAAUGCAGGGCAUCAUUUUUGUGUCUCAUUGGAUCCCAAUAUUAUAGUUCUGUUUUAUUAAUUUUGUUUUACAGGGGAAAAAUAUUGCUACAAUUUACCUACUCUCUAACUUGUGGCUUAUUGGCAAGAUCAUCACAGAGGGAUAGUCAGAUCCACUUUGUGCCUUUCGUAUUUCCAUAACCACUGAUCACUCCUCUUAUAAAACUACUUACUGUAGCAUGUUAUUUUCAUUUUUUCAAAGCAUCACACAAAUAUGAACCUCAGGGGUUCCUACAAUUCCCAACAGUUCAUCUUUCCAAACCAAGAGAAUUCAAAUCAAAAGAUUUCAUAAGUCUACAAACAUCAUUGAUUACAUUGAAUUUUUUCCUCAUUAUAGUGUUAGCAAAUAAAUUUAGAGCAACAAAGUUAGUUCAAGAAAUUAUUUUUCUUUUAUUACCAGACAAUAAAAAUCUAUUGAAUAUUUGUAUCUAUCUGAGAUGAGAAAAUAAGCAUCUUAAUUAUGGAAAUAUGUUUUCAUUUGAACAUGUCUCACAUCUACUCAUCAACUUUCUACCCUGAAAUGCUAUUCCUAGAACACUGAAAUGUAGCAGUUUUAGGUGUAGCUCAUAAUCAAAUUGAAUUGGAAAGAAUACCAUGUCUGGUAUGCAUUUACCAGUCAGCAUGUCCUUUAAGUUCACUUGUAAUCCAAUAACUAGCUUGUAGGUUUACUUGUGCAGUGGAUACAGAACCCUCUGUGCAGUUUGUAGACCCUUUUAGUGUUUUCAUUAGAAUAAAGUAUUUUGAUUUAAACAUCCA